GGUCGAAGACGUAAACAAACAUGGCCGCUGCUGCUGCCGCCGUCGCAGACCGUCCGCGGCGGAUUCUCCCGUGAAAACACCGGCCGAACUCAGCUGCCGUCAUGCGGCUGCUGCGGCUGCGCAGCUCGGUGCUCGGCGGCGGCGCUCUGGCCGCCUGUCGCCGCUCCUCCUCCUCCGCAGGCGCCGUUGCCUACGUCCAGGGUCAGAGUCCGGAACCGAAGGUCCGGGAGUACUUCUACUACGUGGACCACCAGGGCCAGCUCUUCCUGGACGACACCAAGGUCAAGAACUUCGUCACCUGCUUCAAAGACGUCCACUUCCUGGUCUUCUUCUUCUCCCGUCUGAAGGCCAACCGGAGCGGACGCUACCAGGACCACUUCCCCUUCCUGUCCCUGUGUGGCAGAGAGCGCAACUUCCUGCGCUGCGACGACCGACCCGUGGUCUUCACGCACCUGCUGCCGGGCACGGGCCCGGGUCCGGGCCGGGACCGGCUGUCCUUCUGUGGCGGAGGCCAGCAGCUGUCGGUGCCGUUCCGACCCGAGGCGCUGUACAUGGAGCCGGGCUCGGGCCGGCUCUACCACCCCUGCCCCGACCGGGCCGGGGGCGUGGGCCUGGUGAGGUCGGCGCUCGCCAUCGAACUCAGCCCGUCCUUGGUUUACGCCGCCACCGAGAAGCAGUCGGGACCCAGCCACGUGGUGUGGGGCGGAGCCCGGCUGCAGCUGACCAAUGAGCUGGCCGCGCGUUUUCACCCUGAGGAGGCGGAGUCAUGACUGCGCGUCAGUGUGUGUGUGUGUGUGUGUGUGUGUCCCAGGACGUGGAGAAGCUCUGACUCAUCCUCACCCUGCUGGCCUGCUCUGCUCCGAGUCUCUGGUGGACGACUGAAGACCAUCAGACCAGAUUUGAUUGUCAGUUCUGCCAUGUGCACGGCACGUAAAGGACAGGAAUGUCAAGACACCCCUAACACAGAGACGUUUGUCAUGACGAAAUAAACAAAUACAAUGUGCCUA